AUGGCUUCUUCCGACAAGAAAAUCACCCAAAUACAACCAGAGCGAAAGUUUCAUUGCUUCCCACACCUCCCUACCGAGAUACAGGAUGUGAUAUGGGACUUUGCGCUCGACAGCCAACGCUCAGCUCACUAUACCACCCUCGAAGAGAUUCCUCUCACGAAAUUCAUCCGGAAGUGGUCGGACGUCCCAAGACACUACUAUCGUAUUGUUCCCAUGGCGGAGGUUCUCGUAAGCGCUCCUCCGCCCCCAGAGCUAGCGACAGGGAGUGCAAAAAUGUCUUGCGCCCUCCAGCAUGUCAACAUGGCCGCUCGAAGAGCGGUGUUCCGGCUCCAGAAAAUCUGGGGGCUGGACAAUACUCUCCAGCUCUACGGCGCAAACCGAACUAGGAGAAUUGAUGCCCUCAAUGAGCUGGUUGAGGACGAGGACAUCUUCGGCGAUAUGUGGAGGGACUACCUGGAUGAAACUCCCCCCACCGACCCGAACUCACAUGGCGAGUACCCAGCGCCAAGGAUCGUCGACGUGCCUUCAUUGCUGGUAGACAGCACACGGGACCUGGUCAUCGUCCGAAACGGUUGGAAUGGUGUUGCUCUUCAUAUGCGCGUCGGUCAUGGCAUUCAUCACCGGAGCCCGCAUUUGCCUAUACAAAGGGCCCGAUACGUUGCCCUGGAAUGGCCAGGCGGCCCGAAGGGAGAGGGUACGACGUUGUACCUUUUCUUGUUCUUACGCUUCCGGCCUGAGGUGUUAUACAUUCUUAUCAGCCCGGAUGACCUCGAUGAGGACUCAUCAGCAUUGGAGCCAACGGCUUCGGAAACGGCCAGGUCGCAACGCGAGUUCUUGGAGAAGCCGUUCCUGAGACCCGUAGUUCCUGUCGAAGACCAAAUCAGCACUGUUCCGGAGCAGUUCUGGUAUGGGAAGCGAGAAUUCUUCGUGGUCAGCUGGGAAGAAGUGGAGAGGAGGCAAGUAUCCCGCCCUUCUCAGGCUCUCAACGAUAUUAUCAAGGAAAUCUUUGAGGCUAGAAAGUGGGAGGAGGAUCUGUGUCUAGGUUGCGGGGACUCAGGUUGUGAGAACAGGCACGAAAGAUUACCAGCGGCGUGGAGAAUCAUGUCAUGGCGGGAUAGCAAAUAA